AUGGCCGAGCCGGCGCAGAGCUGCAACUUCGUGGCCAAGGACAACUGCUGGAAAAAAUACAUUGAAAGUGAACGAGAAGCUGCAAAAACAUGGUCUCACAAAUGGGGAUUCCUGAAAUCACCUCCUGAGGAGUUGAUUAAAGAUGAAAAGAAAGAAAAUAUAAAGCCCAAGAUACAGCUCCCAGAACGUCUGCAGUUUCGACCUGUGACACCUGUGGAAAAAUACAUUAAGGUGCUUCCAUCUCCUCCAGUACCUAAGACUACCCAGGGAUUUAUUGGAUGGAGAUCAGCUAUUCCAGAGUUGGGACUUGAACACAGUUUUCAAAUCCAAAGCUGCAAAGGUGCCUUUUUUAAGGAUCUGAAGUGGCCAUGUGAGCCCUCUGACUGA